GAUUACGCAUGAGGCAAGCUCGAGAAAACGCCGAGAAAACGGGAAAAUCGCCGCGUAUUUUUUGUCGCUUCCAGUUCGGAGCUUUUCAUUUCUGCGGUGAAUGUGCUUCUGGGCUUUGGUCGCCGCGCGCGUCUGCACCCUGUAACUGGUGUCUGUUUUAUCCGCCUCCGACUCAAAGCGAGCGUGUGUCCAGCGUCAAAUCGUAAAGUGAAACUUAGAAACCAGUAUCGGGUUCUUGCGACUCUCUGCGCCUGUGACUCUGUCCCCGUUUCCGCCCCGUUUGUCUCCGACAGCACAUCCUUUGCGUGGGUGGUGCCGGUCCUCUACCGCGCGCGCAGAAGCGCCCAGACGCUUCUUGUGUUUUGUUUUCCUCGUUUUCCGUUUAGUCUUUCAGUUUUUUCUUUGUGCUUCGUCUCAGAACGUCUUCUCGGCUUCAUCAAGUCUCAUAGAUUUCGCAGACUGCCCCAUUCAGUACCCCGGACCUGACAACAUGGCAACCGUCGGAACUCCUGUCAAGCUUCUCUACGAAGGUCUCGGCCACACUGUGACGGUGGAAAUCAAGUCAGGCGAGGUGUAUCGGGGAGUUCUUGAAAAUGCUGAAGACAACAUGAACUGUUUGCUCCAGACCGUCACCGUCACACACAGAGAUGGACGCGUCGUGUCCCUCGAGCAAGUCUACAUCCGCGGCAGUCAGGUCAAAUUCAUCGUUUUCCCCGACAUGCUUCGCCACGCACCUUUCUUCCGAAUGGUGGACAAAGCAGGAAAGUACAAGAGAGCCCUGGGUCUCGUGGGCAUGCGUCGUGCAAUGAACAUGAGAGCACGUGGUGCGCGUGUUGCCCGCGCGAGGGGUGGCGGCCGAGGUGGUGGGCGGGGCGGGAUGAUGUAAGCGAAGCUGCGAGCAACAGGGAAGAGUGGAGAAAACUGUGAGGUUUAUGAACGUCCCAUUGGAUAAGUCGCGUGCACUUUUAGGUUGUUUUGCAGUGCUGGAACCAGCGGAAUGUUCCGAUUUAGCGGACCGAAGGUGACCCGGGUGGGCGCUCACAGAGGGAAAAGUAGGAGGUCGACCGCGAAAUGAAAAGCAACGUCGCAUCUCUCGAUGAACGUGGCGACGGGGUGUACAUACAUCGCGCGCGAGACCAGGAAACAAACCCUCCCGACGGACACGGAGUGGCCUCGCUGUUUAGCGACUUCAGACGAGAUAGGGAAACGCAUUGGUGCCCGCUAGUGACAAAGAGUGUGUCAUUUGUUGGGUUUUCGAUCAUUUGUGGCUAUGAUAUUCAAAGGAAGCAAACGUGUUCCGGACAGAAAUUGGGGAACGCCUGAAAAACCGAGAUUCAGCCGAAGUCGGGUGGUAGAGAGCUCUGCAGAGCGAUAUUGAAAUGAAAG